AUGCCCAUCGUGUUGUACAUGGUGCGUUUUGUGCAUGUUGUGCUGCACGGGGUGCAGGUGAGGGGGUACGGCACGAGGCUGAUGAAUCACCUCAAGGCGUAUGCGAGGGAUGAGGACGGGCUGCGCUACUUCCUCACCUACGCCGACAACAACGCUGUUGGCUACUUCGUCAAGCAGGGAUUCACCAAGGAGAUCACCAUGCCUAAAGCGCAAUGGGAGGGGUACAUAAAGGACUACGACGGGGGCACGCUGAUGGAGUGUGUGCUGGAGAAGGGGCUGCCCUACACCACACUGCCCGCCGUGCUGCUCAAGCAGCGCCAGGCCAUAACGGAGCGCAUGCGCCAGGUGGCGCGCAGCCAUGUGGUGCACCCCGGGCUGGACUUCCCGCGUGACUCCUGGGGCGUGCCCAGGCGCGCUCUCAGGCUUGCCGACAUCCCCGGGCUGGCGGAGAGCGGGUGGACGCCCGAGAAGAGUGGCGCGAAUAAGAUCCGAUUGGUGCAGGUGGCGCCAGAUGGGACAAAGGAUGUGAGCCGCGACGGGCCGCCCACCAAGGCCCAGCUGCACAACCUGAUGAAGCAGAUGCACCGGGCGGUGAUGGAGCAUGCGGACUCGUGGCCGUUCAAGGACCCAGUGGACGGCAGUGAGGUGCCCGACUACUAUGACAUCAUCAAAGACCCCAUCGAUCUGAAGACGAUGCAGAAGCGGCUGGAGGCGGAGAGCUUCUAUGUGACGAUCGACAUGUUUGUGGCGGACAUGCGCCGCAUGACUGCCAAUGCGCGCACCUACAACGCCCCCGACACCAUCUACUUCAAAUGCGCCAACCG